AUUUCGUUGUAUUGAUAUUAGAGGGAUUGAAACAGAUGCUCGGCAUGCGCUCGUUGUUUGCUUGGAUGGCAUGGCUUGUGUGGGACGUUUAUAAUUAGAGGCGCUUGUUGUGCACCACAGUCGAGUGCGAGGCACGGCUGUAGGCGUAAAAAAAAAUCUCAGGCUAAAAAAAAUACCCUCUUUGUUCUCUCGCCGAAAUUUGUGUUUCUGGAUUGCAUGCGGUCGUAUAUCGCUAUGAAAACAUGGAUGCGGCGCAUCAUUUUUGAAUGGGCGCUGGAGGCGGGCGCUCGCGUUCGCUUGCUUCGGGCGGUUGUGGUUGCCUUGUGCGGUGCCACGGGAUGGGUCGCUGUGGUCAGUUCAUGUGGUCAGUCAUUAGCGACCUAAAUUAAAAUCGACGUUUAAGAUCGCGCUUGCGCGGUGUUAUUAAUAUGCGCCCGAUGUCACUUGCGGUUCGGGGCAUUGUUUAGUUUCGUUUUUGGUGUACGCUUGUUUUCGGUAUUAGCACUUUGCCUCAAAAAGCAGUCAUGCUGAACGGAGGCGCAGGUGCGAAUGUCCAUUUUGCGCCCGCGUUGGACCGUGCCUAUCGAUAGCGAGCAGGAAAGAGCGUUUGCUGUAGUUUCGCGGCGGCGUUCGUUCCUUCUCGUGCGCGAUGUUCUAACGUGCGUUACGCUUCGUGAAAUGCGGAUUUCUUCUCCAAUUCGUGUCAUAUCUGCGAAUGGCAUGCCGAAAAAUAAGCCCUAAGCGUACUUUUCUCGUGUGAAAUUUGACUGCGCGAAGCUGCUCCCGUCGAUCCGUGGUUUAAGCGUUGCCGUCCAGUUUCGGUCAGGUAAGUGUUGCGGUGGCCAGCUAAGCGAUGUGUUUUAGCAUUCCUUACGACUUGCGCUCUUCGGUAGAAUGAACUUCCGAACACAUGCCCUUCCAACAAAAUUGUUAUCAAUUUCGCUCGCUCGGAAGUGUGCGUGCACGUCGUUGUGGUUACAUUAGGCUGAAUAUUUAGAAGCGUUAGCAUUUGCUUGGUUGCAUUGAAGCGCUUGACAUUUCCGAUUUAUAUAUUUUUUUUUCUUUUACGCGCAGAGACUACCCGUGGGCUGCACGCAGCGCAGCCGGGAUGACCCUGCAAUACGUUUGUCCCCUAUGCCCGUACGAGACGCGGGCACGGGGCAUCCUCUACCGACAUUUGCUCAUACACACCGGUGUCAAGCCGUACUGCUGCGAGAACUGCGGCCGCCGGUAUGCCCUGCCUGAAACACUGCUCGAGCACAUGGCGGCUCACCGCAGGGAGCCGCCGUACAAGUGCGGCCGAUGCACGAUGGCACUUGACCACUUCUCCGAGUACCUGAGGCACCAGGUGUACCACAUGCUCAAGAGCAUCCACCGCUGUUCAUUCUGCGGCGAGGGUUUCGUCUGGAAGCAGGCCCUCAAGCACCACUGCAAAACUCACAAGGAAGGCAAGCACCUUUUCCACAUGUUCUUCCGGAAGACCGCGGGAAGGCGGAGAACUCGGUACCAGGACGAGAAUGACAUGCCCCUGGACCUCAAAAUGAAAGUACCUGUCCAGGCGGGCAAGGGCUCUCGGGACUUCCCCUUGGAAAUGAAAGCCGGUAAUGGAUUGAGCAGGCUCGGCGAGCAGGACCGGUCGGCUGGAUACACUCAGCAGCCCUCUCUGCAGCCACACCCGUUUGGCAACCUCCUGUCACCAGGUGGUCCAUCACUUCUUGACAGCUACUUCAAGUUCUACAUGUAUCCGCAUCUAGGUGCACCACUACCUUACCAGAAUGGUGCCAACCUGCUGUCGUCCGUGUUGCGUGCCUCACCCAACGGUCACGAGGAUGAGGAUGUGCUGAUGGAGGCUGGCCUCUACAUCUGCCGAGUUUGCGGCUGGCAGUUCACCAAGGCUCGUUACCUCCGUGCCCACCUGCUAGUCCACCGCCGGCAAGAGGCCACCUCAAGACCUCCGGAGCCAGAACCCGUGCCCAAGCGCCUGGAUGUGCCCGUGGUUUCACCAGUGUUCCAGGCUUCCUUCCAGAGCAUGCUUCACGCUCCGGAUAUGGGGCCGGCGGAACCGGAGGCUGCUGAGUCUCCCGAGUCAUCCGGCAAUGCUCCAUCGUCUGCUCACCGGUGCCCGAUUUGCCAGAAGGGCUUCUCGCAGCCAUACAAGCUGCGGCGCCAUUUGGUGAUUCAUGCCAGUCCCCGCAUCCACCAGUGCAACAUCUGCCAGAAGGUGCUGCCCUCGGUGACGGAGCUGCGCAGCCACAAGAAAUCGCAUGGCCGCACCAGGCAGCACUGCUGCGAGUACUGCAAAAAGGAUUUCUCGUGCUCGUCCACACUGCGGCGCCACGUGCGCAUCCACACAGGUGAGAAGCCCUACCAGUGUGAGGUGUGCCUCAAGCGCUUCUCGGACCUGUCCAACAAGAACUGCCACAUGCGCACGCACACGGGUGAGAAACCUCAUCGCUGCCAGGUGUGUGGUAUGCGGUUCUCCCUCAAAAAUGCCCUCAGCUGCCACAUGCGAAACCACAUGGUCUGAAUCGGGCCACUUGUGACGAGGGCAAGGGCUUGUCACACGCAACGAGCAUCACAUUCUACUCGAGGCCAGUAACAGUACAGUAACGCUGUCCGCUGUAAGUGCCUUCACUCAGAGCAGCUUGCAAGGCCUGUUUGAUGAUGUACUAUGCUUUUUCUUUUGCUUGCUGGUCAGGGCAUCCUAGAAAAAAAGAAUCCUGAAAACACUCAUUCACUUGGCUAGCAAAGUACAUCUGGUGUAUUCUUUGGUAGCAGGGUUGGGGUCAGUAAGAGAGGCACCUUUUUAUGAAUUGUUGCAGACCGUGGAUCAAUGCCUCAG